CCGGGAGAGACCUAAUCUGUGGACUGUGUUUUCGGGGGACGAGAGGAUCUUCAUAUCUCUCGCCUUUCUCUUUCUCGAUACUAUAGAUCCUAGGUUGUUCCUUUUCUUCUUCCUUUUCUUCUUCCUUUUCACAGGAAUUGAGACGGGCAUCAUGACGGCGGCCGAGUCUGCACCGGCUCUUCCCGACUAUGUGUUGGAUCCCGAUGCCGUGCUGAAGGACGAAGUUUCCUGGCGCUACGGAAGGGCCCCUGAUUAUUCAAAGACGAGAAAGGUGUACGAAGAAGGGAAAACCCGCAACCACGAACCGCGCAGCCUCCCCGACCUCGUCGAAAACCUGGUGAAGAACUGGGAGAUCGAAGCGUCGUUCAAGACCAAGCUGGAGGAGUGGCGUACGGUGGACGGUAGCUGCUACAGGUUCUCGCUGAACGGCGGGCCGGCGCAGGACGGGAACCACAUGCUGCGGGUGGGCACGUACAAUGCGCUCAUACCGUCGAAUCAGUAUUACGACCCUGAGCGGCUGGACUUUGCGACGAGCCACAAGGCGUUCAAGCGGAUGAUGCCGACGUUUGCGUGGGAGGUGCUGGAGGUGUACAGCGGGCCGCCGACGGUGACGUUUAAAUGGAGGCAUUGGGGACAGAUGGCCAAUGAUUAUGUGGGAAUGAACGACAAGGGCGACAAGGUCACGGUCAAGGCGCACGGCGGGAUGAUCGACAUCCAGGGGAUGCUCAUCGCCAGGGUCAACGACAAGCUCCAGAUCGAGUCGAUCGAGGUCUGGUUUGACCCGCUGGAGAUGUUCCGGCAGAUCGCGAAGCACAGCGACGCGGUGAUCACCAGUCCGAUGGCGGAAGGGGGAGGGCAGGGGGAGAGCGAGAUGCGGUGUCCAAUGGCACAUUGAUUGUGGGAGGAAAGGGAAAAAAAAAAAAAAAAAAAAAAAA